CUGCUGCUGGUGUGAUCUCGACAGUUGAAGGGCACAAGGAACAAGUCAUCAUUGCACAACUUCAAAUUACAGUUGUUCUGUACAAGGCGGGCAAGCCGCCAUCGCAAGCGACUGGGCCCGGCCCUCCAGUGCGCAGAGUCCAGAGAGAUCGAUUUGAGCGGUUUGAUUUAUUCAAUAUUUGGAAUCGUAGGUCUUAUUGAGCUGGCGCCUCAGCAGUUGCUUGUUUCGAAUUUUGCUUCAUCGCUAAAGCUCAGGCUAGCGCAUCUUUUAGCAGCGACGAUAUCUCAGUAGUAGCACCUCGGGGACAUCUGAGAAUUGAAUAUGGCACGUGUAAUUUCGAAUUACGCCUAAGGCGUAUGCAGUCAUCUCGAGCCUUGCAGAUUAUGUACAGAUUUGGAGGCUUCUCAUCAGAGAGAAGUUCUGAUGUCCACCUCAAGGACACAGACACUGAGGCCGCGGCAGCACCAGCCAAAUAUGAGAUUCAUGGAUCGUCUGGUUGUGUAUUUCAUAUUGUUCUGCUCGGUGGACCUCAGGCUGAUACGAAAAGCUAACGCCGCAUUACCUCCUGACGAGAUAACCGCCAUUGAGGCUCUGCGCGAUAAAUUCAACCUGGCAAACUGGACAGCGGGAGAUCCAUGCUCUGAUGUCAAUUGGAUUGAGUGUUCCGGAGCCUAUAACAACGUGGAGUCGUUGUUAUUGACAAAUACAAACUUGACAGGUACCAUUCCGAGUGAGUUCACGAAUCUGAAGUCCAUUAUCACCAUAGAAAUGUCAAACAACCCCAAAUUAAUUGGACCUCUACCAGACCUAACGGAAGCCUCCAGCAUUGUGACCUUUAAUGUAAGCUUUUGUGCUUUAGGUGGCCAAAUUCCGGAUCUGAAGAGGUCGGGUGGACUUGACGUGUUGCAUUUGCAGAAUAACAACUUCGCUGGACCCAUUCCUCCGGCUUUGUUUCAACACGGAUUUCUUCGGAAUGUGAAUGUUCGAAACAACCAGUUGACAACUGUGCCAGUUAAAUUGACCCUAUUAGAACGUCUUAAAACAAUGAAUUUGGCAAAUAAUCUUAUCUCUGGAAUAUUGCCUGACCUUCCUGCUGGUAAUAGUCAACCCGAUAGCGAAAAUCGUCUCGAAUUAUUAACCUUCAGCAACAAUUUCUUCUCAGGAGGAAUUCCAGAGUCCUGGGAACAGCUUAUCUACUUGAAAGAGAUAUACUUGAAUAAUAAUAAUCUUACGGGACCAAUUCCAUCUUACUUCGGAAAGUUGAAGGCUUUGCUGAUUCUGGAUCUCAGAAAUAAUCAGUUCAAUGGCACAGUACCUCAGUCGCUUGCUGAACUACCAAAUCUCAAGACUCUGUUGCUGGACAACAACAAGUUUACAGAAAUACCUCAAUCUCUGUUAGACAGAAAAACGCGAGGCUUGAACAUCUCAUUUAGCAACAACCCAAACAUCAGUAUCACGGUGGACGAGCAGCAGGAACCGCUGAAAUCAAAAUCUGGUGCCCCUAUUGGAAUAAUCGCUGGAGUUGCAGCAGUUGUCAUCAUCGGAAUCGGUCUUGGACUCGCAGCGUUUUUUUAUGUUAGGAGGAGAAAGAGCAAGCCAAAUCUUGAACAACAGGUUAAACCUGAGGACAUGCCUAAGUCAGCUCAAAGUUUCACAUAUAAGGAGGUCAAAACAAUCACUUCCAAUUUUAAGACCUCGAUAGGCAAGGGAGGGUUCGGAGAUGUUUAUUAUGGGAAGCUACCUGAUGGCAAGGAGGUAGCAGUGAAAGUCAGGGCUUCUAAUUCAACCCAAGGAGCGGAUGAAUUUCUAAACGAGGUCCGACUGCUGUCAAGAUUGCACCACCGCAAUCUCGUAUGUCUCGUUGGUUACUGCUUAGAAGCACAACAACAGAUACUGAUCUACGUCUACAUGCCAAAAGGCACAUUGCACGACCAUCUGUAUCCCAAAGGUGCCAGCUCUACAAAGAAAAGCGCUUUAUCAAAGAAGCUCGGUGGUGCAAAACAUGAGCUGUUGAGCUGGAAAAAGCGUGUAGAUAUUGUGAUGAAUGCUGCAAGAGGCCUUGAGUAUCUGCACAAAGACUGCAAGCCUCCAGUCAUACAUAGGGAUGUGAAAAGUGAGAACAUUUUGCUGACUGAUGAACUCCAAGCAAAGCUUGCAGACCUGGGAAUCUCCAGACAAGCCCCCGAGCUGGAUGUAGAUAAACAACAUGUAAAUACAGGAAUAAUUACAAUGAUCAAGGGGACCUUCGGCUAUCUGGAUCCUGAGUAUUAUGUUCGAAGAAAAUUGACCACAAAGAGUGAUGUCUUCAGUUUUGGAAUGGUUCUUUUGGAGAUUAUCACCGGCAGAAAACCUCAAAGCUACAAAUUUCCGGACAGUGAAGCAACAACCUUGGUAGAGUGGGUGCGAAAUGCAGUGAAAGCCCAUGAGAUUGAAACCGUUGUCGAUCCUACUCUAGGAAAUCAUUACCAUAAGGAGGGUAUGAUCAAAGUUGCUGAAUUGGCUGUGUCAUGUCAGCUUCCAACUAGCGGGCAAAGGCCAGAUAUGGGGGAGAUUGUGCGCGUUCUAAAACAAGUUCUGCAACUCGAACAAGUCACAGAGACUGAAUACAGCGAUGACGAAGACAAGAUCACAAUUCUGGAAGACAUUGGCGUGUCAUACGACAAAGAGAGUGAAUCCAUCAACUCCAUUGCCUCGACGAGUGUGUCUAUGUAUCCUUACGGCCAUUCAUCCUGGAACACUUUGCCCAGGUAGUAGGGAAGCCAGCCUUCAGAGUGCAUGAAACCUGCAUGAGUCAACCUCAUAUUUACACGAUGUGGUGGGAGGAGGGAAGUGGUUGCGGGUACGAGCCGGGUGGCCGAAAAUGGCCCAUGAUCCAUAAGAAAUGUCAAUCUGAUUUGCUCUUGCACUUGUAACCCAAUCCCGUAAUAGACAAGGGUUAUAACUUUGGUGUCGAGUCAUUUAACAAUGCUCUCACUUAUCACAAAUCAUGUUAAGUGAUACUAGCGGGUGUUUCUGGGGAUGCAUACCACCUCACCAAUAUUGACCAAGGAGUAAGCUCUAUGUAGGUUUCACUCCAAAAUGUCCCAACUCUUCAUGAGCAUGUUACACUAUCAGUAUCUCUUCGUCCACUAGAGAAGAUGGUCUUGCUCCUCGGCUCUCACUGUGUAUGGCACCAUAUUGGUCUGAAAAACUCCAAUAUUAUUGUAUCAUCGUGAAUAUCACGCUGAUCUAUAGCGCCAUCUUUAUUCUCAAGAUCUAAACAUUGUUCAUCCACUCUUUAAAUAGAGUAAGAUGUCAAGUGGUCCUCCCUACGAGAGUCUCCAC